AAUUUUAAUGCUUCAGCUGAAUCGGUCGAACUUGAAAUGAGAUGGUGUUUUUUUUUUUAAUCGCACUGUGUUGGGUUAAUUUUUUUCCGAAUUUCAAUCAAUUGUUCGAUGUAUUUCAAUGGGUUUCGAGUAUGAGCACUUCAGUGGGUUUCAGUCGAAAAGACGCCGAUGAAACAGGUGGAAAUUUCCUCGCUUGUUCCAUUUGCUCCUCGCAAAGUUGAAUAAUUUAUUACAUCAAGCUACCCAGCAAUCUCAUCACCGUGGCAACAUGUUUUUUCGCCUAGAAGGGACAGAUGUAAGCUGAGCUGUUUUCGCUUGUACACGCUGUUUUAUUUCUUCUUCUGCUAAUCAUUUGAAACUCAAGCUGGGGUUCGGAUUGUACGCAAUAACAAAAUUAUUCAUUUAUACUCGCCGAAAAAGGCUACUCGUCGUGCGCUUAGAUUUCUAUUCGAUCUUCAUUCAAGAGCCUUCUAUCACGCGUGUCUCGUAGACCGAGCACAAGACAGACCUCCCUGUAGGUCGCUUUUCCAGCGCGCGGUCUUGCUGUCAUCAACGUAGACGUGUUGUUACUUCAUCAUGGUGAAACAAGGACAGAAACCCGGCCAAAAGACAGGCAUUUCAAUUCAGAAUACAAGUACACUAACUCGUGGACACAUGAAAAUUCGAGUUUUCACGGGCCUAGCGGGAUCUCUUCAGUCUGUACAUCGAAAGAAGGCGCAGAAUCUAAACCUAAGUGAUUUUAGUAAACAAGGAUCCAAGAGACACUCCACUCUCAUAACGAACAGCGAGAAUGAAACUUUUACCCGUGUUCGCCGAGACCCUAACGGGCACAAACUUCCUAUGUCACCCAGCGUUGCCAUCAAAAACUACGGGGAUAAGAUGUCCACAUUCGAGCAGUCAGAAAUACUAGAUUUCCCAGACGUUUGGUUUCUUGGUUUGGAGGCGAAGAAGAUCGAAGGUGUACCAGGCGCUCCGCAGAAUAACGGUUACGAUGACGAGAGUGGCAGUUACCUGAAAGCCUUACACGAUCACCUUGUGUACAGAUAUGAAGUGCUUGAGGUCCUGGGGAAAGGUUCCUUUGGUCAGGUGGUGAAAGCCUUGGAUCACAAGACAGGACAACACGUUGCUGUUAAAAUAAUACGCAAUAAGAAGAGAUUUCACCAACAAGCUCUAGUUGAGGUUAAAAUUCUGGAACACUUGCUUAAAAAGGAUAAAGAAAACAACUACAAUCUUAUACACAUGAUAGACUAUUUCUACUUUAGGAAUCAUUUGUGCAUUAGCUUUGAACUCAUGGGAAUGAAUUUAUAUGAAUUGAUAAAGAAAAACAAUUUCCAAGGAUUUAGUCUUGCUUUGAUAAGAAGGUUUGCUUAUUCCUUGCUUCAAUGCUUAAGAGUUUUGGACAAGGAAAAGAUUAUUCAUUGCGAUUUAAAACCGGAAAAUAUUUUGCUACGACAAAGAGGGCAAAGUUCCAUUAAAGUAAUAGACUUUGGUUCGAGUUGCUACGAGCAUCAAAGAGUGUACACAUACAUACAAAGUCGUUUCUAUCGUUCACCAGAGGUCAUUUUAGGUAUUCCUUACAAUAUGGCGAUUGAUAUGUGGAGUUUUGGGUGUAUUCUUGUUGAACUUUACACUGGCUAUCCUCUGUUUCCCGGCGAAAAUGAAGUGGAACAGCUAGCAUGUAUAAUGGAGAUUUUAGGCAAACCGCCACCAAACGUAUUGGAGCCAGCUUCGAGAAGAAGGAUCUUCUUCGAUUCCAAAGGAAACCCACGCAGCAUGACGAACUCCAAAGGAAAGAAACGCCAAGUGAAUGGCAAAGAACUUGGUGCAGCUCUGAAGACAAACGACGCGCUGUUCGUGGACUUUAUUAGAGGCUGCUUAGAAUGGGAUCCAGCAGCUCGUUUGACUCCUGACGAAGCUAUCCAGCAUGAAUGGAUACAAGAGGGACGUCAAAGACAUCGCGGGACAUCUCGCCUCACUUCCCGACAGAAGGCCGCUGCGGAUGCACUCAACCCUACAGAGACAAUUCCAAAAGGACCUACCACAAUUCCUGCAGAGCCAAGCAAAGGACACGCUGAAGCUAGCUUGACGAAACGGAGCGCGCGAACGCGGGAAAGAUUACAGCCAAUCGGAGCAGACGCCUCGCAUACUGCUCACCAUGACAAGAAAAAUAAUAUCACCAAACAGGCGGAGUCUGGGACCGAGACAAAAGGAGCAGGGGUACCGCUGACUAAGAGAAUCACUUCAGAGGUCGUGAAGGAGAAACCUGGCACAGCGAGUAAAGCGAAUGAUAUUGAAGGAGAGAGAACUGAUGAAACGACUGUAGCUGAAGGAGGACAAUUCUUACCUCCUAUUAAAUGAAUGAAUUGAUUUAAAUCGCUUCAACGAGAAGGGAUAUACCUUAACUUUUAACUGCAAUACCACAUUCGAUGCAUCGAAAUUGAAUUUGACUCGCGAGCUGCGAAUUCUUCACCUACCGAGUUUUGUCAUUGGAACUGAUUUUUAUUCGGUGUUCUUUUGAUUUUUUUCUUUCUUAAAUUAACCUAUUAUUUUCUGUCUGUGAAUUUAGUUUUCCUCCUUUACACUGCUAUUAUUUUAAACAAACAGAGCGCAGGUUAUGAAAUACAUCGGUUUUGAUAUAUGGAAUGUGGUGAGAGUACAACAUUGUUUCCUAUUUUCCUACAACGGGUUUAAUUAGAUCUCGUCUAGAAGAAAAUUCCUCAUUUUGAAAGGAUACUGAUCAAAAUUUUGUCAAAGAAUUAAUCGUUCGUAAAUUGUACUUCGGAUUGUUACACCCGCAGGAAACAUUUUACCUCAUUCGCCAUUGACAUUGUAAAGUAAGCAAAGGUUUCGUAACAAAAAGUUCAGAACAUGUACAUAAGUUUAACAACAAAAGAAGCGGUAUUCAUAAUUUUUUUUUUUUUAACUUGAUUAUUGGAAUCUUUCUACGAUUGAGAGAUGAGAAAAUACUUUCGAGGAGAGAAGACGCUUUUUUUGCUCAGACCAGAAAAAAAUCUUAAACCAAUGUGGACAGAGAUGUAUAAGUGUCUUAAACAAAAAAGAAAUUGUCGCCGUUUGGAGUUUUACAGAGUGAAAUUAUUUAUGUUGUCUUUUAAUUGAAAGACGAAAAAAAAUUGUACAUUUAAUUUUGAUAUACGAGUGCUUGGAUAUUUAAUUCACGAGAGGUGUUUUAAUAUAUUUGAUGAAUUGUGUUAAUAUAUUUUUAUACAUUAUUUAUUGAGAGAAACAAAGUCAGAGUGAUUAUUUAAGUGUGGUAUAAAAAUGGCGUGCUGCGAAUAAACGUGGUUAUUUACUAAGCUCGAAAACCAUUGAAAUGUUUGGGAUACAGUGGAACAUUUUUUGGGAGACCGGGUAAGGAAAUCUAUGGGGGUCCGUUCUGGUCAAAAUUAUAUUAAUUAUUUUGACUAAUACAGAAUUAAUAAAACUUUUUGUUCAGUUA